UCAUACAAUGAAACAAACAGGAGAGAAAUCUGUUCUGGAGUUUUCAGUCGUGAAAUGUACAAUCAAGAUACACGUCAUGGAAUAAACAAAGGUCCCAGAAAGGAAUCCACAGAAAGAAAACCAAAAAGAGACGCAAGGCUGCAUUCUUCAGAAAACACAAUAAAUCGUGUAACAUAUUAUGGUAACCACAAACAAAACACUGUUGACCCAGACUAUCAACAAAUGUUUUCCAGAAUUUCUUGCAACAAUCAAACAUUUGUGAGACUCGCCAAUACAAGCAACAACUGUUGUGUAAAUGCCCUUCUGCAAACCUUAUUUAUGAUUCCAGAAUAUAGCUGUCUACUUUCAAAUUGCCAACAGAAAGGCCUUCUGAUAAAAGCCAAUAGCCACAUUCUAUAUCACCUUGGCAAAGUAUUCCAGCAACUGCACAACAAAACUAAGAGCACUGUAUCGCCUGAUAAAUUUAUUCGGUGCUUGGUGUUAAACCAUAUUAAUGUGGGGAGUCAGAUGGAUGCUGAGGAACUCUUCCGUUCACUCUGUAAUCUAUUACAAGACCAGUUGAAGAAGACAAUGUUUAACAGAUUUGUUGAUGAUUUGCAUGUGCUAACCAUUGAGGAAUAUGGAAAAUGUUUAAAAUGCCAAAAUGAAUUCCAGCAUGUUGGACACAUGCUCACUAUUCCUCUUUCACUUUACGAACCUUCAUCGGAGAAAUGUUAUCAGAAUGUAACGGAAUUCCAGAUUUUGACGAAAAGCCGAGUGAUAGAAGUUGUCAAAAUGCAAGAUAGUUAUAUCAGUAAAUCAUUUGUCUUUAGAGUGUUCUAUGACAAGUAG